CCAUAGUGAAUGGAACAGGCUGAAGUUUGGCACCCGGGGACGGCGAGCUGCGACUGACAACAUCGCAGGGGGUAACUUUACUUCACAGGCCAGAGGGCGGCCGAGUGGCAAAGUUGCAACAUAGAAACCAAAUCACGCAUGUUGCUCUAGCAUUUCUCCGUCGGUCUUUCCUCACUCUAAAAAAACUAUGUUCAUUUUGAAUAUUUGCUAAUAUGUUUUGAGGAAACUCCAAACGUGGCUUGGACUAUCAGGGCUUCUGUUUUUGGGAAUGCUUCCUCCGCCUGCCAAUAAAGGUGAGUGGAGCGUGUCAGUCCUUCCUGUGAAUCCACAUCUGAAGACAUGUCGUACUGGACUCUUUUGGACUGGAAAGUGCUGCUGCUGAUUAUACUGCUGUGGGACUGCCUCCCCGCUCUGGAACUGAAACCCACGAGAUGGCCACUUUACUCCCAGAAGCCUCUGCUCCUCGCCUGGAAUGCCCCAACUGAGGACUGUGGCCCACGUCAUGGUAUUCAUUUUCAGCUGGAGCAGUUCCAGAUUGUGGCCUCACCCAAUGAGGGCUUUGUUAAACAAAACCUCACCAUCUUCUAUAAGGACCGCUUGGGCCUGUACCCCUACUUUGAGGAAGAUGGGAUGGCGAUGAACGGUGGUUUGCCACAGGCGGCCAGUCUGGCGCAGCACCUGGAGAAGAUGCCAGAAGGUGUACAGAAGUACAUACGUGAACCAGAGGCCAAAGGUCUGGCUGUUAUCGACUGGGAGGAGUGGCGCCCCCUCUGGAUACGCAACUGGGACACCAAGGAUGUGUACCGCAGUCGGUCUCGCCUGUUGGUGAGCCAAAAGAACCCAACCUGGACCCCAGAGCGGGUUGGCAGAGUAGCCCAGCAAGAGUUUGAGAUGUCUGCCAGGAAGUUCAUGCUGGAGACGCUGAGGAAUGCCAAAAACCUGAGGCCCAAUCAGCUGUGGGGGUUUUACCUGUUCCCAGACUGCUACAAUCACGACUACAGGCGCACUCUGGAGAACUACACAGGCCGCUGUCCCGAUGUGGAGGUCACCCGAAAUGACCAGCUGAAGUGGUUGUGGACGGAAAGUACGGCCCUGUUCCCCUCAAUCUAUAUGGGCACCGUGCUGCGCUCCUCAGCGUCUGGACGCCAGUUUGUCCGCAACCGUGUGAAGGAGGGGAUGCGUUUGGCAUCAUCCGGAGAUGGGUUGGCACGUCCCGUCUUUGUGUACACCCGGCCCACCUACGCCAACUCCCUGGAACUGCUGACGGAGACGGAUCUUGUCUCCACCAUUGGGGAGAGCGUAGCUUUGGGUGCAGCUGGAAUUAUCCUAUGGGGAGAAGCGGCUUAUGCGAGCAGCAGAAACAGCUGCUCCAACCUCGAUCAGUAUCUUCGGGGUCCGCUGGGUAAAUACCUGCUCAACGUCUCCACGGCAGCAGACCUUUGUAGCCAGACCCUGUGCAGUUCUCACGGCCGCUGUCUGCGCAAGAAUCCUGGCAACGAUGUUUACUUACAUCUGAACCCCCUCACCCACAGUAUCAUCAGUGAGAGUGGCAAGUUGACAGUCACUGGUGAGAUUGGUGAAGCAGAGAAGAUGAGUUUUCAAAUGGAGUUUCAGUGCCAAUGCUACAGCGGGUUCCAGGGAGAGGGCUGUAAUCAGAAAGACCCCGAACAGCAAAAGGGGAUAGCAGUUCAACCCAUGGCAUCAGCCCUCCAGUGUGCCAUCUUAGUGAUUAUCUCUCUCUUCAUCUUCUAAAGUAUUUUACAAGGACAUGGCAGUAUUUUGUAUGUCCAAAUAUGGGAGCAUAGAAAAUUACAGAUGGAUUUUUUUUUUUUUUUUAAUUGGAAACGGUGUGGAUUUUUGUGAUUUUUGAUUGCUGUAAAGUUUGAUGACUAAGUGAAUUUUUAGGAGAAACACUGUGGAAAUUGCAAAGUUAACGCUGUUUAUGCAUUUCUUUCUUUCUUUUUUUUUUUUUUAAAUUCAUACAAUGGAGGGUCUGCUGGAAAUAUCUUUGUUUACAUGUUGCGGCCUGUUUCCUCUCCCUCCUAGCAUCAGUCACUGUUCCUCAAGGUGUCAUAUUCCUGUGUUUCACGAUGCUUCAUGGCAUCGUGCUGAUGAUGUGGACACAGACUAUACCAGUGGACACACGAUUACACACAUGAUGAAUGAGUCGAUGUAUGCUUGUGCCUGUUGAAAAUGGAAUCAAUGCACUUAAAUCUGCUAAUAGCACAAUAGAGUUGUAGUGCCUGACCUCUUCACCAUGAUCUCUCUCUGACAUCUGAUGUUUUUUUAAUGGGGGCAAUUUAUUACAGUUACUAUUUAUUUGAAUGUACUUGUAUGUGUUUUCUAUGAUAUUUUCUUAUUUUAAUGUCCAAAACAUGACUACUGCUGUCAAAAAGUUUUAAUACCCUUUCCAUUUAUACAAAAAAGUCCUCUAUUUCAGCAGCACUUUGACUGUAGAUGCACAAACAUAAACAUUGUUGGUAUAUUCACAACUGUAGAGAACAAACGUGUCCCAUGAUUAACUUUCACUUUUAUGAUCUCUCCCUGUAAGGUGUAUUUUGCCAAAGUUAAUAAACACUAUUUCAUUUGUUCAA